AGCGCUUCUUGGCAGCGGUCACGCGUUCACCCACAUUUCUGCCCGUGACAUGGGAUUUUCCUGCCAGCAGCCGCCGUUCCCACACACACACACCGUGCUGCUCCUUCGUCCUCUGCCAGCGCCGUCUUCCUGCUGCUGCUGGUGUUGCUGUGGCAGUCGUGUGUUGGAGUCCCCCCUCUCGCCUCCCCGUUCCCAGCCUCGCUCCGUUUCCUCUGCCCUGCCGCGUUCUGCUCUAUAUGUGGCUGUCGGGCAGCUUUGCUCCAAAUGUUUUCCAUAUUAGUUCAGAGCCUCCUCUGAUUCCAAAUAGCUGCAGCACCACAGGGCUGGCGGGGAGGGUGAGGAGAGAGCACAGCGGGGGGAGGCAGACAGCACAGAGGGGCAUUCGAGGGGAGGAGAGCAGACGCUAGACGAGGAAGGCGAGCAGAAGAAAAGAGAAGGAGAGAAAAGCGGGAGAAAGAGUUGACCAGCAGACCCCCGGAAGGGACGAGGAGGCGCAGAGCGUGAGGCGGAAGGAAGAAUGCGCUCGGACAAGAGUCGCGCGGGCGGAGGGGAGGACGCCGGGCCCGUGGAGCGGGCUCGCUGCGGCCCGGACGGCCACAGGUGCUGUGGCUGCCCCUUCCCGCUGCUGAUUGCGCUGCUCCAGCUACUGCUGGGCGUCGCCGUGGCGACUGUGGCCUUCCUCAUGGCCGCCAUCAGUCCGUCGCUACUGGCCAGGGAGACGCCGCACUGGGCUGGUAUCCUCCUGUGCGUGGUGUCGAUAUUGGGUUUCGUCCUCUACGGGAUCACCUACCUGCCGGAUGAGAGCACCACCAUGCAGUUCAUCGUAAAGGUGCUGUACUUCCUCCUGUGUUCCGUGGGCCUGAUCGUCUCCAUCCUGGUCAUUGCCUUUCAAGGUCACCACUACUCCCUAACCAUCGGCUUCACGUGCCGAGAGACGAGCCAAGACUGCGUGUGCACGCUGGAGCCGGAGGAUCCCGUCGGCCGCACGUUCACGUACGCCGGUGUGACCGACUGCACGGCCGUCACCAGCACCCUGAUGUUCUUCUACCUUCUGCAGAUGGUUCUGAACCUGGUGCAGGCCCUCGUCUGUUUGCUGGGGGCCUUCCUCAUGUGGAAGCACCGGUACCAGGUCUUCUUCGCUGGCCUGCAAAUGGGUUCACCCUCCACCCAGCACUGGCAGAAGGUGUAGGGGUGGGAAUUGGGCAGGGGGCGCUAUGGGGCAGGGCCAGCGCUCACUGAAAAAAAAGAAGGGAUUGGAAGAACUUUGUCUGCUGGGUAAGAAUGCCGCGGAGCGCGUGUAGGUGUGCCGUGCAUAGAGGGAAAGAUGGAUAUUCAGCACAGCCCCCACCCUCCUGGAACAACAUGCAUUUUUGUGCGAGGGUAUUCGUCAUAACAGUACUGUAACAGUGUGUGCAGGAACAUUGCUGCAAGUGUUAUCUUGCCAUUGUAUUAGCAUAUAAUACUGUUGUAGCAAAUGAUAUUGUCCCAUUGAAGAGCUUUUCUAUUUUUCUACAUUGGCUAUUGGAUAGUUCCAUUAAUGUAAAUGUAUACUGGCCUCCACCAGUGCCGGUCCCAAGGAAUACGUCCAGUACAGGAGUUGUCAGCUGGAGAGCUUUCGGUUUCAUCUAUUGUGGUAAACUGUUCGUAUUAAAAUGUAUCAGACUGACAGCCUUUGCAGUUGCCAAGGUUCCAGGUCACUGGUUCUUUAUUAGCAAAAAGCAUUUGUACUUCUUUUAUACUUAAAUAUUUUAAGCAUUUUAACCAGUCGGUUUUUCUUAAGCUUUAUUGAACAAUACUGAAGUUUUUCCACAUUGUGUAAUCUAGGCGAGCAGGAAAAUGCUGCUUGUUUUUUAAAACUAGUUGUCGGUUUUUUGUUUUUUUUUAUUGUUGUGUAAUUCGGGUUUUGGUGAAUAUAAUAUUCUUUCACUGAUCCUCA